AGGCGGGGCGGGCUGUCAGGGGUGCGCGCGAAGGUGCUCCGGCCAUCCACGCUUCCGAGAGGAGGGAAGCCGCCAGUCUCUGCUGGGCGCAGGCCAGCCGGCCUCGGUGCAGGCGGCGGCAUGAAGUGUCUGGUCACAGGCGGCAACGUGAAGGUGCUCGGCAAGGCCGUCCACUCUCUAUCCCGAAUCGGGGACGAGCUCUACCUGGAGCCCCUGGAAGACGGGCUCUCUCUCCGGACCGUGAAUUCCUCCCGCUCUGCCUAUGCCUGCUUCCUCUUUGCCCCGCUCUUCUUCCAGCUGUACCAGGCGGCCACCCCUGGUCAGGACCCACUGCGCUGUAAGAUCCUGAUGAAGUCGUUCCUGUCAGUCUUCCGCUCGCUGGUGAUGCUGGAGAAGACAGUGGAGAAAUGCUGCAUCUCCCUGAAUGGCAGGAGCAGCCGCCUGGUGGUCCAGCUGCACUGCAAAUAUGGGGUGAGAAAGACUCACAACCUGUCCUUCCAGGACUGUGAGUCCCUGCAGGCUGUCUUCGACCCAGCCUCGUGCCCCUAUCUGCUCCGGGCCCCAGCAAAGCUUCUGGGGGAGGCUGUUCUGCCCUUCCCCCCUGCACUGGCUGAAGUGACGCUGGGCAUUGGCCAUGGUCGCAGGGUCAUCCUGCGAAGCUACCAGGAGGAAGAGGCAGACAGCACCAUCAAAGCCAUGGUGACUGAGAUGAGCAUUGGGCAGGAGGAUUUCCAGCAGCUGCAGGCUGAAGAAGGGGUGGCCAUCACUUUCUGCCUCAAAGAAUUCCGGGGGCUCCUGAGCUUCGCAGAGUCAGCAAACUUAUCUCUUAGCAUUCACUUCGAUGCUCCCGGCAGGCCAGCCAUCUUUGCCAUCAAGGACUCGCUGCUGGAUGGCCACUUUGUUCUGGCUACACUCUCGGAGCCAACCCCAAACUCCCAGGACCCGCACUUCCCAGAGCCCUGCCAGCCGGCGCCUCAGCGCCAGGCCCACAGCACCCCCCAGCCGGAUGACUUUGCCAGUGACGACAUUGACUCUUACAUGAUCGCCAUGGAAACCACUGUGGGCAGUGAGAGCUCAAGAACACUCCCCUCCAUAUCCCUCUCACCUGGCCUCCAGCCUCCCUGCAGCUCCGAAGGGGAAGAAGAUGAAGCUGCGGCUGAGCUCAGUACAGUGCCUGGGACCCCCCCACCCAAGAAGUUCCGCUCACUGUUCUUUGGCUCCAUCCUGGCUCCUGCACACUCCCCGCUGGGCCCCAGCCCUGUGUUGGCUGAAGACAGUGAGGGUGAAGGCUGAACUGAGAACCUUCUGUGCCCAGAGGCCCUGGACUAGAUGAAGCCACAGCCUCUGGCUCCUCAGCGCCAGCCAGGGACAGGGCUGGGUCUCCACGCUGGCGUUGGUAAAGGUGGGCUGGAGCUGAGCUGGCUGGUCCUGCUGCAUCCCCAUGCCCCAACUGGCUAUUGGUAACUGGCCUGGGUCCUGUCAUGUCCCCCAAACAAUCAUGUCUGUUUCGAGGGAAGGUCCACCUGAUAGGAGGUCCCACACCUUAUUCCAACCUUGAAACAGAAGCUGGACACCUUUCUUCCUUAAGAAAUCACAGUGGGGCUGCUGGCCCAUUGAUCAACUUUUUCUGACAAUCAUGACUUGUCCCUCCUCCAAAUCAGGGAUGUCCUAUGGCUGGCCUUGCUUUUUCAAUAUUUUUUGGCUCUGGCUGGGAAUUCUAAGAAGGCCCUGUGGACCUUAACAUGUGGCUGGGGCCCCGUGCCUGGCAAGCCACCCCUUGCAAGUGGCUCUGGGCAAAAGAGUGCCAGGCCCACUGUUUGGGACAAGGGAGACAGGCCAGGGCAAGAAUCCAGCUUUGACCUUUAUUCAAGAGACCAGAUGGGUUGCCCAGGAUCCGGCUGCCAGCCCUGAGGCCAAGCAAGGCUGGAGACCCACAAUCUGGCCCUGCUUUGCCCUGAGCUGCAGCCUCAGCCCCAGGAUCCUGCUUGCAGCCACCGAGGCACAGGCAGAGGGAGCCCUGGGGGCUUGGACACUGCUAUUGAUUCAUUAAAAAAAGGAAAAAUUCA